AUGUCGAAAACUCAAUUCACUACAACUCAAGAUGAGUUGUUAGUUGAAGAAGUCAGCAAAAACCGUGUGCUGUAUGACAGUUCACACGAGAAACAUAAAGAUGUGAAUUAUAAGGAUGCAAUUUGGAACAAUAUUUCUACCGUUGUUGGGCAAUGUACUGAAGAUUGCAAAAAACGUUGGCGGAAUAUACGCGAUACUUAUAUGAGACAUAAAAAAAAACUUGGAACUGGGUCGUCAGCAUUGUCAAAAAAGAAAUAG